UUUCAUUACACUUUUUCAUUCUGCUUUUUUCACCUUUUCUUUCCCUGGCAACCUCAUUUUGUUCAAUCCUUUUUUACCCUUGCCAUUGUAUUUCACUUGAUCAUCAAACAUGAAAGUUAAACAGUUACCUUUAACAAUCUUUAUACUGCAAAAAUUGAUGUUGAUAUUCAUUUUUAUAUCAUUUCCAUCAUGUUAAUAACACUGUCAAUUGAAAGGAAUCCAGUUGAAAGCGUAAACAUUUGUUACAGUUACAAGUUGAAACAAAAAUACGUUCAACUCUUUGCUUCUUCAAUCAAACUUUUGGCCUUAAUUUGCUCUUAAUUGUCACCAUUUAUUGUAUAAAAUCAAUGUGCUUCUCUUAACCAGAAACCAAAACAAAAACAUUGAAACUUGUUGAUAAACAAUGUCACCAUUUGAUGGAGACUCAAAUACCAUUGGAAUCCAAUAUUGUCCCGGUUAUAUUGAUAAAAGUGGUCAAUGGCGUGCUGGUUUCUAUUGUCCACCAAAAUCACAGGGAAGGAAAAUGUACUGCUGUGGAUCAACUGUUCAUAAAUAUUGUUGUGGUUCAAAGGAGGAAAAUGAAUUGUUUGGAUCAAAUGUGUCUUAUAUUAGUUCAUCGACCAUGUUCACAGUGACCAUAGUGACCUUUAUAUUGGCAGUGAUGUUGACUGUUUUAGGAUUUGUUUGUUGCCGAAAAUUUUUCAAACGACAUUUAGGUGGAUUAGAGAUUGAAGAGACUCAUUCAUAUCGAAUGUCAGCCGGUCAUGGGGAUGUUAACCCAGAAACCAAUUGUGUUGGAUCAACCAUUUUAACAAAUUCAUCAGUGCCAAUUCAACCAUCAGCAACUACAACGUCAAUCAAUUUAUUUGAUUUAACAGAGACAUCUUCAGCUUCACCUUAUGCCAAUCUAAUUUCACCACCAACACAGUUGAUUACAGCAAAUGGGACUCGCCUUGACUCUUACUUACCAACCAUAUCAUCUUAUAUUAAUCCACCGACAAUUGGAUUUAUUGACCCACCUCCACCAUAUCAAAUGACACCAAAUUAUUACAGUGAUCAUAACAACAUCAAUAAUAAUAAUAGUAAUAAUAAUAAUGUCAAUAAUAAUAACUCUGUCAACAAUCAAACUUCCCAGCAGCAUCAACAGCCCUUAAUUACAGCCAACAACAAUCAUAAUGUGAACUCUUUUACCAAUAAUAAUGUUAAUACUCAUAAUGAACGAUCAAGCAACAAUAAUAGGAUUCUCUCCAUGUUGGGUGCUUCUUACCGAAGGGACAUAAUUCACCCUUGUGAAGGCCAAAAAAGGCUCUGGAGGACGAUGUCGCAGUGAAUUAAGUCCACUUUGUAAGCAAACGGAAACCAAAACCCUGUACAUAGUGAAUCAUAAACUUGAUCUUGUGUCUUGUUUUUAAAAUAUGUGAAGCCUACCUUGACUUCAUAUCACCUCUUUGUGCUUCAUGUUAUUACCUGAACAAUUAAUGAACUGUUUUUGUUUCGUUGCGCCUGUUUAACUUGCAAAGUCCAUCGGAUUAACCGGUUAAUCAUCAUUAAUACCCAAGACUGACUAGAUUAACCAAAUAAGUUCACCUUUUGAUGUUUCCAUUUUUCUAUCUUCACUUUGUUUUCUACUUUUGUGUGUUGCUUAUCAAUAUGUUAUAAUACAUGAAACUCCCAAAAAAAGAUAUGAAAUUUUAAUUUGUUGAUAACAAAUUGUUAUAAAUAUUUAUAAAUAUGAAUAAUAUAUUUCUAUUAUAAAUUGAUGAUAUCAAAUGUAGACAAAAUUGUUUAAGUGCCCAAAGGUGCUCAAAAAAUAUCAAAAUAAAAAAGGAAUGUUAACUUAAAAAAAACCACCGAGUAAAAUUUCAAGUCAUGAAAGUUCAACAUCAAAAUACGAGUCCAAUUGAUAAAAUCAGGAUGAAAAAUGUUGCUAUAAAAUCUGUUAAUGAAUUUUAAUAUUUUCACCUAAAGAAGGUCAACUCUAAAUUAUGCAAAUAAAAACAAUUAGUUGAUCAUUAAAAUGGGACAUUAAAUAUGUACAAAAAUGAGUCUUCUCUAUCAAACUGUUUCAUGAAAUAUCAACCAAUCAAUUUAUCGAGUUUAUCAUUCCUUUCAUGAGCCAAACAAGCUGACACUUUUAGUUGAUCAAUUGAUUCAACUAGAUAACAAUGUUAACUGAAAACAAAGUUGCAUCUGAAAAUUCAUCAGAUAAACCGUCAAGUAUAUUGAUGCAGUCAAUUUUACAGUCAAACAAGUCAACUCGAUGUGUCCAUUUACUUGUCUCAGCUGGUUAUAUUGUUAAAGGUUCACUUGGAUUGUACAAUAAUCUGGUCCAACAGUCCAACCUUUCUGGUGCCAAAAAUUUAGCCAAAUUUGCACAAAUCUGGAAUAAAUUGUACGCUUUAAGCCUUGGCUUUACUUUAUUACAUUUAAUCUUAAACAAGUCAAAUUUCACCAAAUUUUGGGUUCACUUGCAAACCAUAAAAAACAAAAGCAAUGGUUUUUCAGUUUCAAAAUAUCUUCAUAAAUGGAAUCUAAUUAAUCGCAUUUGUGUUGUCGCAGCAAUCAUUUAUGAACUGAUUAUAAUUGCCAUUGAAAUUAACAAUCACAGGCAAAAAUAUUCACUUUUCAAGUUAAACCAACCCCAACUCUGGUAUUGUCUAACCCUUUUCAUUUCCCAGUCUGGUUGGGUUUUGUUUUUUCAAUUUAUGAUUGAAACAGCCGUUCAUCUUCAAUCAGCUUUCAUUAUUAUUGAGGAUCGUCUUGAGUCUUUACAGUCACUUGAAUUGAAUUACAUUCAAUCGGUCAAUGAUUACGGCUUUGAUUCUCUUGUCCGUUCAGUCCGUUCAAUUUACAUUGAAGUAAUCAACUGUUCUCGACUGAUCAACACUUAUCUAUCAACAGCAAUAACAGCCUUUUAUUUAUACUUUGUCGGUUACUGUUUGUGCAUUUUUAGCAACCUUUUUGAUCAAUCAACUGAUUCACUGUUGGUAAAUAUCAUCCGUUUAACCGGAGGGUCAAUGUACCUAUUCUGGUUGACCUACCAUUUGGUUCAAGUGAAUAAAUUGUCUGUCAAAAUAUUUGACAAAGUUUAUGCUCUUUCCUUUUUACCGGUUCGAUCACGGUUAUCCCAGUUCAUCAAUGAGGUACGUUAAUCAAUGACAAAGUGAAACGUCUAAUUUACACUUGAAUCCUUCACAGGUUGACCUUUUUAUAAUAAGAAUCGAUAGACAUGAUGUUGGCUUUACAUUUGCUCAUCUUGCUGUUAUCACACCGAGCUUUGUAUCAUCAUUAUUAACGAUCUCAUUAACCCUUGGCUUAGCUUUACCAAGUUUACUCAAAUUGUAAAGGUUCAUCAAAAUGGUUACCAAUUUUACUCAUCAUUGACUUGCUUUUAUUUUAACCUCUGAUCACAAUUGUGAUAACAAUGACUCUCGUUGAUCCUAAACAAAAAAGGGUUAAAAGUUGACUUGAAAAUCAUUUACAUUCAAUGAGCUUAACCAGGUUACGUUGCUUUAUUAUUUGAACCAGAAAUUGUCUGGUUGUGAUAAUUUUAUGAAAUGGUUUCGCGAAAUGCCUAUCUUAUUGAUUCUUAUUGAUAAUACAAUGUUAACUAAACCGAUUCAACUCUAAAUCAACUCGAAUCGUCUCAUUAUUUUACAUUAUUGUUAUGACAAUAAAGCAACUAUAUUAAUCAAGAUUAUUUUGAUGACUUAAGUUGGUUUAAAUAAAGGAUUUUCACUUGAAUAACAUUUGAAUGUUCACAUUUAUUAUUGCUUAUUUAAAACAAAACAAUUGAAAGCUGAAAUGACAUUUUGGUAGCAACAAUCAACUGUUCAAUGUUGAACAAUGUUAAUGUCUAACAAAACUAAAGCCAAAUCUGGAAAGCUUUUAUUAACCCAAGCCAAUGUUUGAUUGGGAAAAGUUGUUUUUGCUGAUACUUUAAACCUUGUCUUUGAUGUUUUGUUUUAAUGGUCAAUUGAUGUCAAUAUUAUAUUGGGAAGGAAAAAAAAAGUUUGAGGUCAGAGUUUGUUUCCAUCAAAAUAGUAAUGGUUAUUCCUUCUUCAUUUUAUCCUCCCUCACCAUAUCCACCAUCUUCCCUGUCUUAUCUUUUUUCAUCCCAAUUUCUUCCUCUUCACCAAACCAUAUUCUUAAUCUUUAUCAUCAAUCUUAUUAUUCUUCCAUCAAAUGUCCGAUUCCAUUGAAUCAAAGAUUUCCUUUUAUCCAGCAAAACAAAACUAACAAUGUCACUUUGCACUUUCCAGUCAAUCCAUUCAUAACUAGAAAUGUUGAAUCCAAAACCAUGAAGAUGAAGAUAAUGAUUUUGAAAAUGAUUCUUAAAAUGAUUCCAAAGAUGAUUCUGAAAAUGAUGAUAUGAAGAGCAACAGGAAAUUGCUCAGCCUCCGGCUCAGGGAAUAAGAAAAAAAAGUCAAGCCUGAAAAAAGUAAAUAACAAGAAAAAAAAGAGAUGAAAAUGUCCUUCUCAUGACAAUAGCCAUGAAAUGUAUCAUGUGAACAGUAAACAGAGUACUUAUGCUCAAGACUCUUGGAUGUGUUAAGAUUGUUCAAUUAUAAAGAUGAUCUUUGCAGGGAAUGUUGAAAUGAUUCCAAAUGGAAAACGCAAGGAAAUAAAUUGUCAGAAUUAAAUGUAAUUAGGUGUUAAGUGGUAAUGAUGAGAAAAGUUUAAAAAAAGAUGAGCAAUUGAAGGAGAGAGGAAAAAAAGUGCAAAGGAAUCCCUGGUUACUGGGAGUGAAAAGAAAUCUAAUAAUAAGGUGUAAUCUUUUCUCAUCAUCUGGUGGCAUGACAAUGGAUUAGGAAUUUUUACCAUGGUGAAGAAGAGGAUGAUCAAUGAUGGCAACAUGAUGAUGAUGAACCAGGAAACAGCUAAUGAUGAGACUCAUCAUUGGAUAAAGUCUCAUUAAUAGUUUCCAAUAACAGCAACUGGCUUCCAAAGAUUAAAUGGUUUUAUCAAAAGAUCACAAAUUCAUGGAUUUUUUCAAUUUAAUUUAAUUCUCAUUCCAUUUCCGUUAAUCUUGGUUCCUUGUUAAUUCAAUUUAAUUGUUAACCUAAACUAAAUCGUUAAAUGUUGAUACAAAAUGUUAAUGUUGCCAGUGAUUAUGUUAAUGUGUAUUGAUAUUAAAGAUGAGCCUUAUAAUGAUCUUGUUGACAAUGUUUUGGGUAAACUGGUUCAUCACCAGAAAAAUGUUUAAUAAACAGAUGAAUCUUGGAACGGUUGAUAAUCAAUUUUAUAGUCAAGUUCAGCUACAAUUAUCUUGAUUAGGUGAAGAGAAAAGCAUUUCAAUUGGUUUUAUCGAUUUUUCAUUAAACCUCAAUAAAGGUUAAUAUCUGUGAAUUAAUACCCUAAGGAUGAGAAUGUAUUCAACAUUUCUCAUGCUAUUACUGUUUCUUCAGCUCAUUUCCACCCUGAUCAUGAUGAUAAUGAUGGUAAAGAAGAGGAUGAAAAUGAAGGUUAAUUCACUUUACCUUUACUUCAAGUAUCAUCUAAUGAUAAGUCUUACAUGGAAAGUGAAGAAGCAACAAAGUCAGAUAAAGAUUCAAGAUUAACACGAAUCUCCAUAGAAAUGAUGAUAAAUGAUGAAUAGACCAUUACAUGGUUCUCAUCAUCAGGAGAAAUCAUUUUCUUGCUUUGUUUCAAGAUAUUGAUACAAAAUAUUAUAUUACAUGUUAUUAGUUAUCAUUUUUGUUUCCCUCAUCUUCACCAUUCAUCUUCGCCAUCUUUUCCUUUGUUAUCUUUCUAUUUACUUUCAAUUUACCCUGAAGCUCAGAGUUUUGAUUAUUCUUGAUAUCCAACUUUGAUUCUCUAUUUAGUAUCAUUCAGUAUGGUUCAGUUUCACUUUCAUUUUUGCCUGCAUUUCGAUUGACUUUUGUACUUUCCUUUCAGCUUUUCCUUUCAUUUGCUUUUGUCAAACUCAUUUCAGGCUAUUUUGUUACCUUCAAUCAUCAGUGAAUGUCAAAUUUUAUUUGAUCUUUCAAUUGAAACAUGAUAUUUAGUUGUAUCAAAUCAAAUGUUGAAAGCAAUUAUAAUUGCUUUUUUACCUUCAUUUCUUGUCAUUCGUAUUCAAUUGUCCUUUGAUUAUUAAAUAUUAAAUAACAUUGAAAAAGGACGGCAAGAUUGUAAUGUUGGUUUUGCAGAUUAAAUAGCAACAGUAGGUUGACCGUUGAGCAUUUAUAUGGGAAAUAAGCAAAUGUUUGACCAAAUUAACAUCAAUUGGUCAAGUGAAAGUUAAUUACGUCUAAAUGUUGAUUUAAUAGUUUCUACCAUCAAAAGUAAUGAUCGGAGUAAUUGAAGGGACGAAACAUUACAAACUCAGUUGCAGUCAUCUGGUAACAGUAAAGAUCAAGUAGUUGUUUGAUAAUCAAUAUUUGUUUCUGUUUUUUCUGUUUUCCUUCUGGGUGAUCAUGGAGGCAAUGAUAAAAAUGGUGGUGAAAAUGUUGGUGAUAAAAAUGAUCUGAACGUUUGACUUUGCAUCAUGACCAUUCUGUAAACCUAAAAACCAGAAAAGCAAAAAAACAAUGUCCAUUUCAGCUUUUGAUGUGUUGGUUAAAUCCUUUUUGUUGAAGACGAUGAUGAUGAUGAUGAUGGUGAAGAGGUUGACCAUGAUGAUGUUAAUUUUAAGUGAUUGAGAAAAGAUGAUGACCAUUAUUUACCUAAAAACCAUGAUGAUCAUCAAGCAACCAGUCUUGAUAUGUAUGGACAUCUAUUAGAGCAAAAAUUGGUAAUCAAAAUGACAAGUAAGUCAAGGAGAUUCAAUUCCUGUGAAACUAAUCUUCAUCUUUCAAAGAUGAUGAU